AUGGAUAAUCCACCAAAGAUUCUGAAGCUGUCAUUACUAGGAGGUGUUGCAAUUGUACCGAACAACAUAUCACUCUAUACUAAACUAAGUACAUUGGAAUGCACCGUUAUGAUGACACAACUCACUGGAAUAUUGCCAAACACAAUCAAAUUCUUCACAUCUGGAUACCUAUAUCCACCAACACUCUUAUCUGGGAUGAAGGAUGGCAUUGUUACCUUGGAUUACUCUCCAUUUAUUGGUGAUAUGAACGAUUCAUUCGUGCCAGAUAAUCUCAGUCUACUCAAGUUCAAUCUCAAGGGCAGUUUUUCCACGGCGAUCAAAGGAGCAACACCAAAGGCAACAUGUUUCUCCAAGUCCAUCAGCUUGGUAAACACUGCACUCACAUCCGUACCAGACUGCUACCUCUGCCACAAACCAUCCUUCAGUCUUCCAUCAUCCCCAGUGCUCAUCAAUGGUAUCAGUGCGACAUUCCCUCCAACCUAUCAAUGUACGGAUAGGAAGACGAUCACUGUGACUGGAAACAACUUUGGUUGGGGUAUCAAGGGUGAUUCAGACCCGUUGUUGACAAUGUUGGUACCAAACAGGUCAUUCCGAUAUAAUGUCACAUUUCCACCUGGUUCCGACACUGGCUCAGCGACAAUCCUACUCUCAAAUGUCUCAAACUAUCAAUUAUCAAUCAACUAUUAUGCAUCCACCACUAUUGUUGCCAACAUGAAACAGGUACCAUACGGUGCACAAAUCACUGUCACUUCAUCUGGACCCUUGGACACAAUAUCACUCACAGCUACAAUCGAUGGAGGCCCAAGUGAAUGCUCUAUGGCAGCCAACACCAGCUUGAUCAACACAUACUACUGCUUGAUGAAUGGAUGGUUUGAUCAAGGUAACCACACUAUUAAGGUGAAUAGCAGUGGCCAGAUACUUAGUCAACGAGUGGUACUUGUUUGGACAUAUCCGCUUGUGACCUCCAUUUCACCAAUCACCACUGAUGGUGGCCUACUCAUACUUGGCGGCAACUUUGGACCAUACCACAAUCACACCGCUGUCUCGAUCAAUGACGCCGACUGCUCCGUUCAGACAUGGGAUUCAACAACAGUGCAAUGUCAGAUUGCCAAAAGUAGUACACUUGUGGCCGGACCAGCCACAUUGAAGAUGGAGGUAGAUGGCUACAAUUAUACCUCUUCAACAACACUAUUGAAUGUACAAGAUCGAUCACAGAUUAUUGUUGACAGUUGUAUUGUCAAGAAUAACAAUUGCUCUGGCAAUGGACAUUGUGUGGCGGAUAAUGGUGGAUCAUGUCUGUGCAAUGAUCAAUUCCUCGGAACGAUGUGUGAGCAGGUGGUCUCUCCAACAGUCCAGGUGGUCACCAAUCAGUUGGCACCAAUCGCAUCGUUGACUACAGAGGACAGCCCUUUUGUGUUUGAAUUCGAGAUGGCCUCUGUCCAGGAGGUGGAUGUCAGAGGUGAGGUGGUUGGCGAGCUCGCCACCAAAGCCUGGAGCACAAAGGAUAUAUCCCCUGAACAAGAUGGCAAUGGUAAAGCUUACCUAUACACAUGGAAUAAUACCAAUACUGGCAAUGGUGGCGGUGGACAACCAGGGCUGAUGAUCCAGACCACGCUCAAUAUGUCUGUGCAGGCCAACACUGUCAAGUUUGCCGGCCAAUCAAUCCAGCUGGCACCCAACUCGGUCAAGAUGACAGUGUCGAUCAGCGGAUGGACAUUCUGCAGCACACUCAACACUCUUCGAGUCGUCUUUGCAACCAACCUGUACAAUACCUCAUCAUCACCAUCAGAUUGCAAUACAGACCAAGAUACAUACACACUCAUACCUUCCUCGACCAAUGGCCAGUCUGUCCAAUACCUGCGAGUGAUCAAGGGCAAGACAGAGUUCCUUGGCAGAUUCGUCGACUACUCGCUCUCUGACGGGCGACCCACCUACACUCAAACACAGUUCAUCAAUCAGACCAAGCUGGACACGGACGACAACCUCUACAAGGUAUACUUUGGCAUCACUCUGCCUCAGUGCCAUACAUGCAAGCUCGAUCCAGACUUCUCGGCCCUGGUCUCAAUCCCUCAGGCCGUACGACCGGAAUGCAUGGCUGGAAGACGCGACAACAACACCUUCGCAACAUGGAAGAUCAUAGUUAUUGUUGUCGUAUGCUCCGUUGUUGCCGCCACUCUCCUCAGUGCCUUCAUCGUGUUACGCAAGCACAAGAUCUACCUCAAGUAUCUCGAGAUGAAACAAGGUCGAAGGACUAUAAGCAUGAGGAACUUGAUUAAAUCGUCGGCGUAG